CUGGGGACCGCGUCUCCCCGCCAUUGAGGGAUGUACGUGGCUCUGUCACCUGUUCUGUCGCGCUGUAACCUGCCCCGACCUCAGGAGUUGCAGGAAGGACGCCAAGGGACCCAGGAAACCUAGAAAUGCUGAGAGUUCUGGCGGAGUCAGGUUUUGGGGGAGGCGUGUCUGGCCUAACGUGGACUUCCCUUCCCGCUACUGCCGUUAACGGUCCCUGAUGACUCUGCCGCAGCCUCUGUCCCGCCGUGACCUGCACUGGCCGUGGGGGUCCUAGGAAGGACUCGGGCGACCCAGGAGCCCUAGAAAUGGACUCAGUGGUCAUUGAGGACGUUGCUGUGAGCUUCACCUCAGAGGAGUGGGCUUUACUGGAUCCUUCACAGAAGAAACUCUACAGAGAUGUGAUGUGGGAAACUUUCAGGAUCCUGGCCUCAGUAGGAAAAACAUGGGAAGAUCAUGAUAUUGAAGAUCAGCACAAAAACCAGGGGAGAAAACAAAGAAGUCAUAUGGAAUUGAGACUCUGUGAAAGUGAAGAGGGUAGUCAAUGUGGAGAAAACUUCAGCCUUAUUCCAAAUCUCAAUCUGAUUGAGAAAACCACUGGAGCUAAACCACAUGAAUGUAGUGCAUGUGGAAAAGUCUUCAUGCAUCAUUCAUCCCUUAAUAGGCAUGUUAGACAUCACACUGGACACAAAUCAUAUGAGUAUCAAAAAUAUGGAGAGAAGCCAUAUAAAUGUAAGGAAAGUGGGAAAGCCUUCACUUUUUCUAGUUUUCUUCAAAUGCAUGGAAGAACUCACACUGGUGAGAAACCUUAUCAAUGUAAAAAAUGUAGUAAAGCCUUCACUUUCUCCAGUUCUCUUCGAAUACAUGAAAGAAUUCAUACUGGAGAGAAACCCUAUGAAUGUAAGGAAUGUGGGAAAGCCUUCAUUUCUUCCAGUGCAUUUCGAGUACACGAAAGGAGUCACAGUGGAGAAAAACCCUAUGAAUGUAAAAAUUGUCAUAAAGCAUUCAGUCAUUCCAGCACUCUUCGAAUACAUGAGAGACGUCACACUUUAGAAAAACCCUAUCAAUGUAAGGAAUGUGGGAAAGCCUUUAUUGCUCUCACAAACCUUCGAGUACACAUGGUCACUCACACUGGAGACGGACCUUAUAAAUGUAAGGAAUGUGAGAAAGUAUUCAUUUAUCCCAGUUCAUUUCGAAUACAUGAAAGGAGUCACACUGGCGAGAAACCCUAUGAAUGUAAAGAAUGUGGGAAAGCCUUCAGUUUGUACACUAACUUAAAAAAACACAAAAGGACUCACACAGGAGGGACACCCUAUGUAUGUAAGGAAUGUGGUAAGGCUUUUAUUUCUCUUCAAGUUUUCAAAAUACAUGAAAGAAAUCACAAUAGACAGAAAUUCUAUGAAUGUAAAAAAUGCAAUAAAGCAUUUACUUGUCCCAGUUCUCUUCAAAUACAUGAAAGAACUCAUACUGGAGAGAAACCCUAUGAAUGUAAGGAAUGUGGGAAAGCCUUUGUAGUUCCCUCAAGCCUGCGAUCACACAUGAUCUUUCACACUGGAGAUGGACCUUAUAAAUGUAAGGAAUGUCAGAAAGCAUUCAUUUCUCCCAGUUCACUUCAAAGACAUGAAAGGAUUCACACUGGAGAGAAACCCUAUGAAUGUAAAGAAUGCAGUAAAGCAUUCAGUUAUACCAGUUCUCUUCGAAAACAUGAAAGAACUCAUACUGGAGAGAAACCCUAUGAAUGUAAAAAAUGUAGUAAAGCCUUCACUACUUCCAGUUGUCUUCGAAGACAUGAAAGAACUCAUACUGGAGAUAAACCCUACGGUUGUAAGGAAUGUGGGAAAGCCUUUAUAGAUUCUUCAAGCCUUCGAUCACAUAUGAUGUUUCACACUGGAAAUAGACCUUAUAAAUGUAAGGAAUGUGAGAAAGCAUUCAUUUAUCCCAGAUUCCUCCGAAGACAUGAAAGAAGUCACACUGGUGAGAAACCCUAUGGAUGUAAAGAAUGUGGGAAAGCCUUCAGUUCUCAUCAAAAUUUCCAAAUACAUAAAAGAAAUCAUUGGACAGAAACCAUAUGAAUGUAAAAAGAUGUAGUAAAGCAUUUAGUUUUCUCAGUUCUCGGCAAAGACACGAAAGAGUUUCAUAUUGGAGAGAAACACUGUGAUUGACAGAAAAGUGGGAACGACUUUAUUUCUCAUGAAAACUUUGGAGGAUAUGAGAGAAUGCACACUAGAGGAAAAACCAUAUAAAUGUAAUGAAUGUGAGAAAGUCUUUUGUCAUCCCAGUUCUCUGAAUGUAUAAAAGGACUCACUUGACAAAAACCUCUUGAAAGUAAACAGCAUGAGAAAGACUUCAGUUGGCCUACGUCACUAUACGUGAAAAUUCCACCAAAAAGAAUAUAAAUGUAAGUAAUAUGAGAACAGUUGGCAGAAAUUAACUUAUGUAUAAUGCUCCAGGAAGUUUUCAACAUGAAAGAUUUGCAUAAAAGUUGUAAAUAUAUUGUUUACCAAGCCUCUUUCUUAAAGUGCAACAUUGUAUUGUGGAUUUAUGUUAAUUACUUUCAGAAAUGAACAUUGAAGUGAGGUAAUUCUACAAGUCAUCAACAAUAGUACAGAAGAUUAGGGGCCGGCCCAGUGGUGUAGUGGUUAGGUUCAUGCCCAGGGUUCACAGGUUCAGAUGCCAGGCAUGGACCUACAUUGAGCCAUCCAUGUCAAUGCAUCCCAUAUACAAAUAGAGGAAGAUGGGCACAGAUGUUAGCUCAGGGACCGUCUUCCUCAAGCAAAAAGAGGAAGAUUCACAGCAGAUGUCAUCUCAGGGCCAAUCUUCCUCACCAAAAAAAAAAAAGAGUACAUAAGAUUACUAGGUAGUGCUUUUUUCUUAAAUCAGUCAAUAUUUUCUCUAAUUUUUUUAUCAUGUUUUAAUUGUUCUGUGUUAAGACAUCACUGAAAAAUGACAGUUUGUGUUUCUUGGGAUUUUUUUUUUUUACUGGCCUUGUGUUGCAGUUCCUGGAUGUGCCUAACCCAUUGUAUAUGUUCCUUUCUUAGAGAAAGCUCCUUUUGGGGGUGGUGGGUAUAGGAGCCUAUUUUUACUUUUUAUACUAUUAAACAGUUGGAAUAAAUUUUUAUGUAUGGCAAGUUUAUCAAAGUAGUUUCAAUGAAUUGUUACUUUCAUAUUUGGGUCUUUGUUCUUUGUCCUUCCUUCUGACUGGUGACUGAUUUGGUGAACAGACCUUGAAAUAAGUAGAGGCCUGUGAUAGGGCAACAAAUUCUAGAGCUGGACACAUCACCCCUAUAUUGCAUUAUGUCAGUGAGGGUAAUAUUAAGAACCAGAUGUUUAAGAAUCCAUCCCCUUUAUGGUGCCGUGUUGGAAUUCCCCAAUGGCCUCACUUGCAUGAGAUUUGGAAGGCAGAAGCACACAAGGCCUUAGGCAGAUUUGGGAGCCACGACACAGGGAGGGAGACAGUUAUGUAGGAGCUUCAAGGAAACCACUUUCCAGCCCAUUUUCUGGAUUCUUUGAGUAUCUUGAAAACCACCAACACCUAUUUGAUUUCCAUUUUCUUACACGUGUAUUUUCCACUCAUGUUUUUACAAGUUUCACGUCAAAGAUUCAUUAGAGUUUGGAUUUUUCUGUAAGGCCUCUUGUGUUCACCAGGAAACUAAUUCAGACCUUUGUGGUUGAGAGUGUUCUCUGAGUCCCCGCUUCUCUAGAUGAUAGCUGAAUAAGGUUUAAUGUGUAUAGGAGAGACCUUAUGCUGUUAAUAGUGCUAGUGAACACAUUUUCCUGAUUCACCAUGACGUCUACAAUAGGGCAUAAAAAGAAGGAUAUGGGAGUCCAUUUCUCUCCUGCAUUGUGCAGUGGCUGCCUUGACCCAGUUCUUCCAUGAGAACAGUCACCUUUCUCGUGUCAGGAAGAUUGUGUGUUUCCUGUUACUUGUAUCUGAACAUAUUCCCUCAAUAUGUUUUCAAAAAUGUAUGAUUGUGUGUCAUUAAAAUUAUAUGCAUUUCCUUCUGAAAUGAACACUUCUGUAGUUGUUUCAACGAUACAUUUUAUCAACUAUUUUCUAAGCCAUCGUAUGUUAAUAACUAUUAUCAUGGUUUUCAUUUCCUGAGAGAAGAUAUUAAAGUCCAUAUUUAUUAUGGGU